AUGGAUAUACCUUCUACUUCUCUUUCUAAUCUAGAGGAAGAGGCAGACGAGAACACCACCCCUGUAUAUACUGAUCUGGUAUCUUCUUCAAGUGAUCAGUUCCUCGGAUAUGAAGAAGUGGAUGAUCCUUAUCCAGAACUUCUUGGUUUCGUCGAGGCUCAGAUUGAGUUCUGUGAUCAGUUUCUCGUAAGAAUUAGUGAGGCGCGAAAGCGACUGGCCGAGAAAAAGACUCUUCUCGAAAAAAAAGCGGAACAAGAACGACAAAGUGGGGCCUUGGCAAAAGCUAAGGUUCCCGUUAUCCAAUAUCUUCCUCCAUAUUUCAAAGACGAGAACAUGAUGUGCCCACCGCAAAAUGAAGAGGCGAAGCACAAGCUGCAGUUUACCACAUUUGACCCUCUUAUUAAAGAGGAUAAAAAGUGGUCACCUCAAGAACUUCGCACGUUGCGUGAAGCCGUCAGGGAAUCUGUAAUCCAUGCUAAUAUCCAGAAGUUUAUUGAUAAGAAGGAUGUAUUACGUUCGAAAAUACAACGAGCUGGUGUCGACACUACACCGGAAGAGGUACAAGGAUGGAAAGAUGAGCUAGAAGCAAUUAAUCGCAAAAUUCAACAUUAUCGGAAUGGAAUGACGGACUCUCAGCAACUGGACGUAGAUUAUUCUUGCGUGGAUUGGCUCAAGAUCUCUACUAUCGAGUUCAAAGGAAGUCGUUCUGCCGCUACUCUUCGUUACAAAUGGCUAAACGAGCAGUGUCCGAGGUGGAACAGUGGCCCUUGGACAAAAGGGGAGUUGGAAAAGUUGAAAGAGUAUCGUGAAGAUCCUUUAUUUACAUCAUGGGCAGCGCUUGCAAAGAAGCUAGGAACACAGAGAUCUCCAUAUCAAUGUUUUGAAAGAUAUCGAAGUGAUAUGUAUAGAAGAAACAAAGAUUGGACUAAAGAAGAAGAUGAACGUCUGAUUGCGCUGGUUAAAGUUAUGACAGUAAAUGGGAACGUGCAAUGGGACAAAGUCACAUUUUAUAUGCCCGGUCGCCAUCGUCAGCAAGUUCGUGCAAGGUACCAACGAACUUUAGAUGAGACCGUUCGCCAUGGUCGGUGGACGGACCACGAAGAUUUGCUAUUGAUGUCAGCAGUGGCUCGGUUUGGUGCUAAAGAUUGGGCCAAAGUUGCAAGAGCGGUUGUUGGAAGAUCUGAUGGACAGUGUAGAGAACGUUGGUGCAAUGUGCUUGAUAGAUGUACAGAAACCGGUGAUUGGACGCCAGAAGAGGAUGAGAGGCUACUACUUGGUGUCCACGCUUUUGGUCGAGGUAAAUGGGUCAAAAUAGCUGCAUUGUUGCCGAGACACAAUUCUGGAAGUGUGAGACGACGUUACCAGCAACUGUUGUCUACUAAAAUGAGGAUGUGUCUUGCUAGACUUAGUGGACGUUCGAUGAACGACUGCAUGUCCGCUUCUUGUUCUGCUGUGGCCAAAGCUAAGCGAGACGUGCUACGACAACAACUUACCGAUAAUUCUCUGAUAGGUGAAUGCUACCGAGCAGCCAAAGAACAGGCCCAAAAUUUCCCCAGCAGAAGAAUACAAAGAGAGAGAAAUUCCUUGAACCUUCUGACAGCUGAAGAAAAGGCAAUCAUCGAGAAGGGUAUUGAGGAAAUUGCUGAGAAGUUUAGAAAUGGAGAAAAGACACCGGACAUUGGAGAAAUCAUCAAGAAAAUUGAUCUUUCAGAAAGAGAAAUCGUCUCUAUGAUGGAAGCCGCUAGGCGUAGAAGCCAUUUUCGUAGAGCGAAACUAGUCCAACGUCUACCAAAUGGAGUAAAGAAAAUCAAGAAAAAUAUGCAUUUGCUUCCUGAUUCUAUCAUGGAACGAACGGUGUUUAGGCCUGAUGAAACUGAGGAAGAACGGAUCAUGUGUAUGACGGAAGCUUUAUGCCAGGCCGUGCGUAAGUAUGAUCUUCAUGAGUGGGGCAACAAAUUCGUUGAGAGUCGUGAUAGCCCGGAGAAUGCAGUUUCAAGUUUUAUUACUAAUAUGUUAAGCUGCAGAUGUGAGGAGGUGGCAAUUAGUUUAAGGGAAUGCACGAAUAUUCCAACGGAUGCGACACUACCACCUACGUUCACUUCGACCUCCGCUUAUCACGUCUUUGAACGAGUUCGGCCAUCGUUAACGUCCAGAGCCUCAAUAUACUUCUAUCCCAGCAAUGUCAAUGCUACUGAUAUUACGUCGGUUACUGAUGGUGACAUAAUUCGUAAAUAUUCGGUAUAUGACCGUCUCCAUAUACAGCUACAUCCAGAUGUACUCGGUGAUCCUCAUUAUCUCAAGCUUAAGGCGCAAGUACGCAGUAUAUUGUUUGAACCAACGCUAUUGGGUAUGGCAAUUGAACCGGUGGAUGUUGAACAGCAACGGAUUAAGACUCAAAUGGAGCUUACACAGAUGGAGCUUGAUGAACAAGAUUAUUCGGCAGAUGCUGCAAUUAUGGACGAUGCUGUUGCUGGUGAUAUCGAAGUUACCACUGAAAACUGUGAGCCGCUUGAUUAUGAUGAUGCGAUUGACGACGCCCUGAAUCAUACCAUUGACACAGUUGUCGACAAGGUUUGUUACCAAAGCGCAAAGAAGAAGCGUGGUCGACCAAGAAAAGAUGAUGUGUUAUCAGCAUGGGAGAAGCUUGUGGGAAGAAAAAGAGAAAGUCUACCGCGCUCAGCGAAAAGCACUGCAACAUCUGUCCUGAAUCAGAUUAACUCAAGUGAUGAUGAUUUGUCUCUUUGCACAUCCGAUAGUGAUUUGGAAGUAUUGCCAGCUCAGAAAGAUGCUAACGUCGAGGAAAGUGCUUUUAGCGACGAGAAUGUGGUGGCGGACGUUUUGUGCUGUAUAGUGGAAAAAGUUUCUCAAACGCUAGAUCCACCAAAGCGGAAGCGAGGAAGGCCAAGGAAGUCGGAUGUUCAAAGGAAUGAGCAGGAAACAAAAUAUACACUGCGACCAAAGAGAUCGAGAAGAUCUUAG